ACAUUUCGUGUCAUUUGUAAAGUUUAUUCCACUAUAUAUUUAAACUUUACGUCUCAAAACCCUAGCUUUUAUCACAGGAAACCCUACUCUCCUUCUCCUCCUCCUUCUCUUCUCCAUCUGAUCAAGCCAUGGUUCACGUCAACUUCUACAGGAACUAUGGGAAGACGUUUAAGAAGCCCAGACGCCCUUACGAGAAGGAGCGUUUGGACGCUGAGCUGAAGCUUGUUGGAGAGUAUGGUCUGCGGUGCAAGCGAGAGCUGUGGAGAGUCCAAUAUGUGUUGAGCCGAAUCCGUAACAAUGCAAGAAUGCUUCUGACCCUUGAUGAGAAAAACCCACGUCGUAUUUUCGAGGGGGAAGCCCUUUUGAGGAGGAUGAACAGAUAUGGGCUGUUGGACGAGAGCCAGAACAAGCUCGAUUACGUUCUCGCACUUACUGUGGAGAACUUUUUGGAGCGCCGUCUUCAGACCCUUGUAUUCAAGUCUGGUAUGGCUAAGUCCAUCCACCAUGCUCGAGUUCUCAUCAGGCAAAGGCACAUUAGGGUUGGGAGGCAAGUAGUCAAUAUCCCCUCAUUCAUGGUUAGGGUUGACUCUCAGAAACACAUUGACUUCUCUCUCACAAGUCCCUUCGGAGGUGGUCGCCCUGGCCGAGUGAAGCGAAAGAACCAGAAGGCAGCUGCCAAGAAGGCUGCUGGUGGAGAUGGAGAUGAGGAAGACGAAGAAUGAAGUAGUUCCCAUUGAGUCUUUUAGUCUAGCCUUUUCUGUAUCCCUUGCAGAUUUUUUGUUUUUUUUUUCAACUCUAUUUUUUGCUUUUUGUCAACUCUAUCAUGGAUUUUGUUAUGAGACUUUAGUUUAAGAAUGUGUGAUAUGUACCCCUUCUGAACACAUUUCACAUCUCCAAAUUCAUUGUCUGGUUUACAAGUAUGAUGCAAUCACAUUGAAAUCAUGGUAUAGGUUUGGAUA